AGGAGAGAGUGAGGGAGAGAGGGAGAGGGAGCAACACACCACAACAAGCACUCAGGGUUGCCAGAGAUAGACACUUACUCCUGAUGAUCAUAUAUAUUUAGUUUGAAAUCCACCUCUCUCCCCUGGUACUCCAUCCUGUGUUGUCCGUCUGACUGUCUUUCAAUCUCAAGGAUUUUAUCCCUCAGUAGCUCUCGAGACCUGCAUAGCGGUUAAUUGAGGAAUUUGUUCGCUUGGGUGCAGCAACGAUGAGUCAAAACUCCCCUCCUGCCCACGGCAGGACAGGGACGGACGCGGCCAACGGAGAGGACCAGUCCACCUGGGAUGCCAAGGGUUUCUACAACAAGCUGGCCCCCACCAAGAAACCGAAAACGCCGAACCCGCAGAAUGCCAUCACGAUCGCUGUGUCGUCGCGGGCUCUCUUCCGGAUGGAGGAGGAGCAGAAGAUCUACGAGGAGCACGGGGUGGAGGAGUACGUCAAGUACCAGCUGGAGCAUGAGGACGAGCCCUUCGAACCCGGGGCCGCCUUCCCCUUCGUCAAGGCUCUGGAGGCAGUGAAUGCUCGUCUGAGGGAGCUCUACCCUGAAAGCGAGGAGCUCUUUGACGUCGUGCUGAUGACGAACCACCACGCCCAGGUCGGAGUGAGGCUCAUUAACACCAUCAACCACUACAACCUGUUCAUCGAGCGCUUCUGCAUGACAGGGGGGAGGAGCCUCAUCGGGUACCUGAAGGCGUAUCAUACCAACCUCUACCUGUCCUCUGACUCGGGGAAGGUGGGCGAGGCCCUGGGAGAGGGCAUCGCUGCAGCCACCAUCUUCAGCCCUGACAAGGUGGUGGAGGUGUCGGACACUCAGCUGCGUGUGGCGUUCGAUGGAGACGCAGUCCUCUUCUCGGACGAGUCGGAGCAGAUCGUCAAAGCGCACGGCCUGGACAGGUUCUUCGAGCACGAGAAGGAGCAUGAGAACAGCCCCCUGGCACACGGUCCUCUGAAGGGGUUCCUCGAGGCGCUGGGGAAGCUGCAGAAGAAGUUCUACGCCAAGGGGCAGCGGCUGGAGUGCCCGAUUCGCACCUACCUGGUGACGGCCCGCAGUGCCGCCAGCUCGGGAGCCCGGGCCCUAAAGACCCUGCGGAGCUGGGGCCUGGAGACUGACGAGGCUCUCUUCCUGGCGGGGGCCCCCAAGGGCCCGCUCCUAGAGAAGAUCCGCCCGCACAUCUUCUUCGACGACCAGAUGUUCCACGUGGAAGGAGCCACGGAGAUGGGCACCGUCUCUGCCCACGUGCCCUACGGCGUGGCACAGAGGUACAAGAAGUCUGCCACCAAAAAGGAGCCAGCCGGAGGCAAGUGAGGAAGCCACAGUCAGCCGAUCCCCUCCGGGGGAAAGGAGGUCUAAGAAGAGGCUGUGGCUCUGUGGAUCCGGCUUCAUCGAUGCAGCAACAGACAGCCAGAGCAGGGAAGAGCAAGGGUAGCAGAAGCACCACCUGGACAGGAGACUUUGUUAUUUUCAUAAGAGGUAUAUUUUAAAAGGGUCCCUUUUUUUUUUUUUUUUUUUUUUUUUUUUACAGAUAAUGCACUACACAACUAAACCAAAUACAGCGUGUGUUUGGGUAUUUACUAUUAUUAUUAUUAUUAUUAUUAUUAUUAUUAUUAUUAUUAUUAUUAGUUCUUCCCCCCCCCCCCCCCGCUUAUUAAUGUAAGAUGUGAACUGUGAGGUGUAUGUAGCUUUUAAACUUAUCCAGCAGCUUAGUGCUGUCCUUCUAUCAGUCAGAACAUGUCCGAAACACACUGAAUAACUCAGUUUCUAAUCAUUUUAACCUUUUACUUCCAAACAUUUAUGUUGCACCUUCUGAUUGCCUAUUCCUUAAAGGGAAGAGUUUGAAGCUGAAAAUGACAUAUAUGUUUGCAAUAAUUGAGCUAUGUUGCCCACAAUACACACACACUGGUAAUGCACUGUGUCAGGGUGUGCUUCACUAUCAGGGUCACGGUGCAACGUUAUACGUGUGCUCUAUUAUAUUAAAGUCCUUGUAGUUCCAUUUCUGGCCACAGGGUGUCACUAGAGCUUCAUUUCAGAAACAUUGCUCUGUUACAAAUGCAUUACUAUUUUGUAAACAGACUCAAAAUAUAUCCGUUGUUUUUUGCUUGUUUGUUUGUUUGUUUAAUUUACCAGCGCCACGUUCUUGAAAUACACAUCUGUAUCUAGAAAGCACUGCUGUAUUUUACGAUGACGAAUUUACAGCUCAAUAUUUUUGAAAUGUUUACAAUGAGAGUUAUUAUUUUAUGAGCGCGUCAUGUCUGCACUUGUUAUCUAGGUUCCAAUGAUCUGUACUGUGAGUAUAUGUGUAAGCUGUUGGGGGAAUAGUCUGCACUUUAUAUUGUGUCUAUCUGAGUGUUCAUGUGUCUUUCGUUGUUAUUUUGCCAUGUACGUAUAGUCUAACACAGUAAAAUAUAAGGGUAACACUUUA